AUGGUCCGAAGCCGCCGCCUGCGGCCGAGCGGACUGCUGGUCCAGAAGCGCCACUCCGUCUCCGAAGGCCUCCCCGCCAUCCGCGUGAAGGUCAAGCACGCCGGCGUCCACCACGAGAUCUACAUCAGCCCGCAGGCCACAUUCGGCGAGCUGAAGAAGAUGGUGUCGGCGCGGACGGGGCUCCACCCGGAGGACCAGAAGCUGGUGUUCAAGCACAGGGAGAGGGAUUCGAAAUCGUUCCUCGACAUCUGCGGCGUGAAGGACCGGUCGAAGAUCGUCCUCCUCGAGGAUCCCUCGGCCCAGGCCCGCCGCCUCCUCCAGCUCCGCCGCACCGACAACUUGCACAAGGCCGCCAGAUCCGUAUCCCGAAUCGGCCUCGACGUCGACAAGCUCGCUUCCGAGGUGUCUGCUCUGGACCGCGCUGCGAGGGAAGGCGGGAAGGUCGCGGAGGACGACGUGAUCCGUCUGACGGAGAUGCUCAUGAACGAGCUCAUCAAGUUGGACGCCGUCCCCGCCGACGGCGACGUCAAGGCGCAGAGGCGAAUGCAGGUGGAGCGAGUGCAGAAGUACGUGGCGACGCUCGACGCGAUCAAGAACAAGAAUGAGCAGAUCGAUUUGACUCCCAAUUGGGAGCAGUUCGACUUGCUCUCGUCGAUGCCGUCAACCUCUUCAGCCGCAUCGACGGCCACCGCCUCGGCCGCGGCCCCCAUUCCGAGGUUUGAUUGGGAGCUCUUCUGAGAUUGGUGGAAGAGGAAUAUCCCCCCAACAUGAAUUGGCCGCCUAUUAAGAUGAAAUUUGUCCAUUAUUGCUGCAUGUGAAAGAGUUUGGUUUUGACUAUUUCUUUUUUUUUUUUUAGUUGAUAUAUACCCACAGUUGCUAGGAGGAGGGGGUGUGUCCCAUGCUCUGUUCCAAUCUCAUCCAUAUGAAGAAACAUUUGUAAUAAUAAAAAUUGUAGUAAUAAUAGUUUGGUAUGUAUACUGUUGUGAAAGCAUUCAUUCAUUAAUUAAUGCUCAGUAAAUUACUCCGUUUAUUCA